UGUGCCUUUAAUUUCUGUCAGGCCAGAAAUAUACAACAGAGAAGUCACGGAUCAAAACAUGAGGGGUCAUAUGUGACUUUGUUCAUCGUAGACAAGUGUAUAAAAAGUUAUGUUGCAAGUCUUUGAUAGAGGCGGAUCUUAGCAAUAAAACAUGCUAGAAACAAAUACCAGCAUGACUGCUGCAGCGCCAUCAUGUGGAAACCAUUAAGGCCAGUUCCAUGGUGGCAGUGGGGCUCACCCUAGCAGCAGCUGGAUUUGUAGGUCGCUAUGCCAUGCAAGCCAUGAAACACAUGGAAACCCAAAUGAAGCAAGCUAUGCAGAGUUUCCCCAAAUCGGCUUUUGGUGGUGGAUACUACAGAGGUGGAUUUGAUCCCAAAAUGAACAAGAGAGAGGCGUCGCUCAUUCUAGGAGUCAGUCCCACAGCUAACAAGACCAAGAUCAGAGAAGCCCACAGAAAACUGAUGAUUCUUAAUCACCCCGAUAGAGGUGGAUCACCAUAUCUUGCGGCUAAAAUAAAUGAAGCAAAGGAUUUACUUGAUGGACAACUAAAGAAAUAGAUCAGAUAAUCACAUUGCACUUGGUUUUUCUUAUUAAUUGUGCCCAAAUAAAAAAUGUAAGAGAUCAAA